AUGGAACCAGAAUCUGACCACCCGCUUCUUGUUGGGGUGAGGUUACUGAUGCAGUUAAACAACUGCUCAGUGGCAGAGCCCCUGGGGGAGAUGAGGUUAUCCAAGACUGGGGUGAUGGCUCCCAUCUUUAAGAAGAUGGUAACACCGGAGGAUCACAUGUUACAGCUUGCUGUUGGUCUGUCUGUGGGUGUCCUGUUGCUGUUGCUGCUGCUAAUUCUGAUAGCGUGCUACCUAAGGAGGAGGAAAAAAGAGCAGAGGCAGUAUGAAGAGCUGCUCUCUGCAGUGCCUUCAGUCCCGGCAUGCUCUGCUCCAGUGAUCCUGGUGUCUCAGGGCUCCUGGGCCACGCCCCGUGAGAUCGCUUUCACUCUACCUCCUCGCUUCAUCACAUAUAACCAUGGAGAUCAGAAAAAUAACGAGCAGGACAAGAAAGAGGAGGAGGAUCCCCAGCGGGACGUACUGGCUCAUCGUGGGUCGCUCUCAGUGAGGAGCUGGUACCCAGUGGGGACGGUUUUGGCUGGUCUCUACUCUGUACCUCCUCUAAACGAGGUGGUGGCCCCCCCUCCCGGCAUGGCCUCCCGCCUCUGCUUCUCCGUGGAGUAUCGACACAGCAGCGAACAGCUCACGGUCUUCUUGCUCCGCCUCAGCAACCUCCCUCCACGUUUCCAUGGCAACAUCACGAUGGUGGAGCUCAGUCUUCUCCCUGAUGACAGGCGGCCCCGUCAAGCCAAGGCCCGGGGCACGGGUCCAGACCCCGAGUUCACCGACUGCUUCGUUUUCCAGGUGUCAGCGUUGCGUGUGCUUCACAGCACCCUGAGUGUGUGUGUGCUGAGUGUGGAGCAGGAUGGUAAACGCCAUGUGGUGGGCAGGGUGCUGUUUUCUCUGGAGGGGGAGUUCGGUCAGGCUGGCAGGGUGCUCUGGAGAGACCUUGAGACUGAGGAAGACCCACAGUGUUCAGAGCUGGGGGAUGUGCAGAUAUCUCUCAGCUACAGUACGUCCCUGCAGCGCCUUUCAGUGGUGGUUUUGAGGGCUCGAGGCAUACAGCUGCUCACAGAUGCAGGUGUGUGUGUCCAGGUGAUCUUACAGAAGCACACUCAGGUGGUGAAGAUGAAGCGCAGCUGUGUGGUGAAAGGUGAAAAUGACCCCUACUUCAACUUCAGGACGACCUUUAAACUGCGACCUCAGCACCUGGACGAGGCCUGCGUGAGGUUUGAGCUGCAGCAGCCGAGCAGCGUCCGCUCAGACCCUCCGAUCCCUCUGGGAGUGCUGGUGUUGGGUCCCUUCAUGUACUCCAGAGGUCCUCAGCUGCAGCACUGGAUAGACAUGGUCAACACGGCACAGGAGCCCGUCACACUGUGGCACGGACUGCACAGACCCACCUAA